CACAUGGAGCAAUUCAGAUGUACUUUAAAUGUCUUUGAUUAUUCUUUUUCUUAUAAACGCUGUAAGAAACGUUUGUACACCCCAGCACCCUGAAGUUAGCAUCUAAUUUGAAUCUUCGUUUCAGCAAAUAAACCAAAGGCGUAUUUCACAGAUUUCAAAGCAAUGUGGACUAAAUUUGUUCUCUCCUGUUUCAAAAUCUCAAAUGUAGACGCUGAUGAAACUUGAAAUACAUGAUUCGAAAUUAAAUGUUGAUUGAUUCUUUAUACCUUAAUUUUGUAAAACCUUGACUGCAGUUUUGGCUAAACCUUUUGGGAAUGACAGAUUUGUUUUGUCUUUUGCAAACUGUCCCGCUUCAUUUAUUUUACUGUGAUAAUUUUCAAUGAUGUUAUGUUGAGGGAUAAUAUAUAAAAAUAUAUACUACAAAAAAGUAUUAAUUAUACUGAUUUAAUUCAUAACCAAGAAAAAGUGUUAGUAAAAAAGCUGAUUUAUUCUCUUUUCUAAUUAAAAGAAAAGAGCAGAAUAGUUACUUUAAAGAUCAAUAAGGCUUGCCUCCAUCCUCCUUUUGCCAUGGUUACCCCUUAGGAAACACUAGCUUUUGUCAGCCUUUUACAUCAAAUGGCUUUACAGUCACUAAUGUUGGUGUCAUUUAUUGAAUCAACAUUAGCUUCAGGGAGGCAUUCAGGGCAGUCCAGCACAUGCCAGAAUCUGGAUGGAUGGACAAACUUUACAGUUGGUUGGACAAACCAGCUUCAUGGAUUGAUGGAAAGACCUACUGAUAGAUUCUCAGUUGGACAGUGUGACAGGGAAUAGUCUGAAAACACACAUCCAGACCAUCUUUAAAUUCCAUCGUUUUCCAGAAUGUGCUGGAAUACUGCUGUUUGUGCUUUCUACCAAGUCCUUAUUUCGUUGCUGAAGUGAAACUAAAAGCUGCCCUGAAUCAUGAUUACUCCUUACUGACGAACCCCUAGACAUGAGGUUAGGUAGAGCUGUUUAUUUAAGAAAAACAGUCAUCUUUAAUUGCACCUGCAAUUCCUUUAGUUUUAGUGUUUCAGCUUUUGGGUGUGCACUUGGAUCAUUUAUCAAAGAGCUUUCCUACCCUCUAAUUACAGCUGUGGUGUAGUUAGAAAGCAAGUAGUUUUCUGUUGGUGUGUUGUUUUUUUUUUCAUGCCCGAUCCUAUUCAAAAGUAGGAUCUAAGCUUUUCACCAUGUUUAGUUAUAAAGUAUUCACAUGCUAAUGACCAGCCCUCCCUCAUCACCCAAAUUCUGUUUUUCCUUUGGAUAAAACCUUCUAAUUAAGCCCCUUUUCAUUUCUAAUGUGAUGGAAGGAGAUGUUCUAAAUAGCGCAGCCAAACUUUGUGUAGACCCAUGAAUGUGUAUGUAUUCCAGCUAGCGCUGUUCAGCUUUCCUGUGCUCCCAUUCGAACUGAGAAUGAGAUCACAAAAGCCCCAUUGUGUAUGGGACUGUAGCAGAGCUGGUCUGGAGAAGUUUGGCCAGUCUGCAGAGGUCUGUGUUUGGACGGUGGCUUGGGAGGUGGCUGCGUAUGGGGAACAGGUUAUGGUAGUGAAUGAGCUCCAGUGUGUCUGCAGCAGUCAGCUAUCAGCAUGGUCUCCAGUGUUACUGGGCACUUUCUUUUCUUCUUUUGCAUCGUUUCUGUGAACCUGAUUCCCACCUCUCCCAUGCUGGAUGAGCAAACAGUCCAGGCUGCAGAUGGAGGUUUCCGAGGUCUUCAGGCGAAAAGCAGAAAGCGAGUCUUUCCUGUGCAUCACAACCAAGAGCCUGAUCCUGUUUUUGAGGCCUACAGCUACUGCAACACCCCAAACCACACCGAACAAGCCUGGGAAGGUCACAGCCCCGUAGACUACAAGCUGCUAUCUGUUCAUGUGAUGAUUCGCCAUGGAGACCGGUACCCUCUCUACGCCAUCCCAAAGACCAGACGUCCCAGCAUCGACUGCACCCUGUCUGCCAGCAGGCAGCCUUCUCACCCUCUGCUAACCUCCUUCAUUAAUCACAUGGGCCAGGGGGCCAGGGGCCACUGGGAGGCACAGCUGGGCUCCAUUUCACGUCUCCCCAACCACAGUGUCUGUGAGAUGGGAGAACUCACGCAGACAGGUGUCGUUCAGCACCUUCGCAAUGGACAGCUCCUCCAACGUGCCUACAAGCACCACAGUCUGCUCCCCUCUGAUUGGUCGCCUCGCCAGGUUUGGAUGGAGACUACAGGAAAAAGCCGAACCCUCCAAAGCGGAAUGGCCUUUCUCUAUGGCUUCCUCCCAGAUUUCGACUGGACUAAGGUGACCGUGCGUCAUCAGUGGAGCACAUUGUUCUGCGGCUCGGCAUGCGAGUGCCCUGCCAGGAGCAAGUACCUGGAGGAAGAGCAGAGGAGGCAGUAUCGCCUCAGAGUGGCCGAUUCCAACCUGGAGAGGACUUACAUUAACAUGGCACGCACUUUAGGUGUUCUCACUCGCCAGCUCCGAGCUGCAAACCCUAUUGACUCGCUGCUUUGCCACCUGUGUCACGGCCUUUCUUUCCCGUGUGUUUCCAGUGGAGAUGGUGGUACUGGUGGAUGCCUGACUAUGGCACAGUUUGCGGUAAUUCGGCAACAGCAGCUGGACGAUGAGGUAGAUCGGAGAAGAUUUGGGGCCUAUCGUAAAUACGCUAUCCUGGCCAUGUACCCGUACCUCAACAGAACUGCUAACAAGAUGGAGCGGGUCGCUAGGGCCAACGAGGAAGGCCGGCAGCCACGUCUGGGUGGGGAGGAAGUCUUCACCUUCUCCUCAGGUCAUGAUGUCACCAUUGCGCCGUUGCUUAGCGCCCUGGGACUGGAGGAGGCCAAGUUUCCUCGCUUUGCAGCAAGAAUAGUCUUUGAAAUGUGGAAAAGCCCGCCUACAACACAAGGCCAGGCAAAAAACAAAGCAGGAAAAAGUGAGAGGUCAAAGUCAGAUCGGAAAGAUGGGGAAGUGUUCAUCAGAGUGCUGUACAACGGUGAGGAUGUGACAUUUCAUACUGCUUUCUGUCAUCCCAGCGACCACCACACCAACCAACCACUCUGCCCUCUAAAAAACUUCCUAACCUUUGUCAGGAAGGAUAUAUUCAGUAUUGUCAAUGCUACUUCCUACAAGGAGGCAUGCUACAAGCUCUCAGGGUGACAGAUUGAGAGCAAGGUCACAGGGUACGGACACCCAGCUGUCAGGUGGUUGUGAUUCCCCAGAUUCUUAAGUUUGAGAGAAGGUGCUCUUUCAUGCCACUCGUCAUAUCUGGCAUGUUUCAGAAUAUGGUCCUUCACAUUCUCAACAUUCCCACUCACAAGAGACAAAAAUACACAAUCAUUUACUUGAGAUAUUUUUGAGAAGAGAUAAAUUUCUGAACAUCCUAUAACCUUUGCUGAACCAGCUCUUGUGUCGUUUUUGUUUACUGAGACCUUCUCUAAAAGAUAAAUACCUCAAGGACAACUGAUCGGCACUUUAUUCUGUAACUAAAGGGUUUUGUACAUUUUCAUGGCCAAAUAAAGGCUAGUGAGAAGGGAAUGUUGAAAAUACACAUACUGGGCUGGAAUAAUAAUUACUUGGGAACAUUUUGUAUGAAUAAUCUUUUUAAAGAACAUUCAUCUUAGUAAGGCUAAAGCUAAAGUCACUUUUUGUUCUCACUUUUUGUUUCUGUCACUUAUACACAUGGUAGGUUUGUUUUUUUUUUAUUUCUGGUUUUAACUGAACAUCAGUGUGGCUCUUGUUAUUCUUCUAAACAAUAACUGGUACAUUUUCAGUGGGUUUUUUUUCAAUCAUUUAAUAAAAUUCCAAAAUUAUUUAAACUUUUGUUGUUUGUGAAUCUAACAUUGGUGUAUUAUGAUCAGACAUUUGUACACAUUAAAAUUAAUGUUGUAUUUUC